AUGCAAGUACCUCAAUCUUUGCGUUCAAUUGCACAUUAUGUAAAAAUAGGUGCUGAAAACGCAGAUCGUGAUCCAAUUAUCCAUUAUUGGUGUUUGUUUUAUGCAGUACAAACUGGGAUGGAUAUAGACAAGAAGUCUCCAGAAGCUCUGCAAUAUCUAACGUCAUUGCUUUCAACAUUGGAAGAUAUGAAGAAGAAAUUAAGUGGGCGAGAAGCGCUAACGCAAGAUUUGGUAGCCCAAGCCCAUAUCGAGAAUUUCGCAAUGAAGUUAUUCGAAUAUGCCGACAAAAAUGAUCGUCAGUCGAAUUUUACGAAGGGUGUUAUCAGAGCUUUCUACACUGCUGGACACUUAAUCGAUGUUUUAACCAUUUUUGGAGAAUUGGAUGAGAACCUCGUUGCAACUAGAAAAUACGCGAAAUGGAAGGCUACAUACAUACACAGUUGUAUGAAAAAUGGCGAGGUUCCGAAACCUGGAUCAGGUCGAAGUCAAGAUGAUGAUCUGAAAGGCUUUAAUAUAAAAACUCCUCAAACUGAAAUAAACGAAGAGCCUCAGUCAAGUACGAGUGGACCUGUUCAAUCUAGCAUUCUACCAUACUCUAUUGAUUCUUCACACACUGCUUCGGAUUUAGCCCAAACGGUAGAAACUUGUCAGACGUUGCAUAUCCUGGAUUCCAAGAGAUCAUCACAGGUGGUCUCUGACAAUAAUGAAAAUGGAAGAUUGACCCUGGAUGAUUAUAUGGAAGCACAGAAGUAUGCAAAAUAUGCCGUAGCGAAUAUGGAAGAGAGGAAAAAGAAUAAAGCUAGGCGUGAUUAUCAUCCGUUAGACAGUGGUACUGGGUUCACCAAUUUUUUUGGAGCAAAAGAACAAUCUAAGAAAGUGAUUGUGUUUGGUAGGAAAUCAAAAGGUAAAAAUAAGAAGAGACAGCAUGUUACAAAAGAAGUGCCCGUUGCGUCACCAUUUACAGGAGAGCACGCAAUUUUUGCAGUACCACUUACUUUGGCUGUUUUACGAACGGGCUCUCAUGAUGGAAUUCCACUACCAGUUGUUGUUAGGCAAUGCAUCGAUUGCAUUAAUGGGAAAGGACUGUGUGUCGAAGGGAUUCAUCGGAUUUCCGCGCCCAAAGCAAAUUUGGACAAACUUGAAGAAGCAGUAAAUUCAAGAUGCUCCAUUGAGUUGGAAGAUAUUCACGACGCUUCAGGAUUACUAAAAAGAUUUUUGCGCCAACUUCCAGAACAUAUCCUAACUAAUGAAAAACAACCAGUAUUUGAAAAGAUUGCUUCAAAUUGUCCAUGCGGAACGUCCUCCCCAUGUCGCUGUUUGGUAGCAGAUAUGUUGAAAGCUCAACUGACUUCACUACCAGAAGAAAAUUAUAUGUUAUUGGCGUACAUAUUCAUACAUUCUCAAAUGAUAUUACAGAACAGUGAUAAAAAUAAGAUGGGUAUGGCUGCACUUGGAUUGAUUUUGCAAGCCACGCUCAAUAUAUCACAAGCUCUUGUUCGAAUAUUCUUGCUCAACGCUUCUGAUGUCAUCCUAAUGAAAUAUCAGUCUCCUUCCAUGGUGUAUCUAUUCAAAGACGUUCAAAUUAAACGGUAA